AGACUUAUAUACUGUUAGCAACCAGUAAUUGGGGUGCCAGUGGCUCGCUUCCCUGAACCAUUUCUCCAUCAAGCCAGUACCACUGCCACAACUUUUCAUAUAGAGGGGGAAAAUAAAAAGAAGCCGCCAAGAUGUCUGAAAAAAAGAUGACAUCAAGCCGCAAGCAUCAUCUCAAGAGCUUGAUGCUUUCGAUAGCUAAGGGCAUGCUGGAGAAGGAGGCCAAACAGGUUGUGGCUGACAAGGCCUCCCACAUGGCACAGAAUUGCCCUGAGCUCUCCUUGCCACACUCAGUGCAGGAGCUGCAGGACCUGUGCAAGAAGCUGCACCAGAGCAUCGACAAGGUUGAUGAGGAGAGAUAUGACCUGGAGUCCAAAGUAAAAAAAGGAGAAAAAGAGAUUGAGGAUCUUAAGAUUAAGGUGAUUGAUCUGAAGGGCAAGUUCAAGAAGCCCACCCUUAGAAAGGUGCGCAUGUCCGCUGAUCAGAUGCUUCAGGCUCUGCUCGGCUCCAAACACAAGGUGUCUCUGGACCUGAGAGCCAACCUGAAACAAGUGAAGAAGGAGGUCAAGGAGGAGGCUACAGAAGUCGGGGACUGGCGUAAGAACAUUGAGGACAAGGCUGGCAUGGACGGCAGAAAGAAGAUGUUUGAGGGCGAGGCCUAAAUUUCUGGACAUUUCUUUGAUUACUUGCUCUGAACACUAUCUCCAGGGUGGUGUAGUGUCUCACCUUUUCGCAGUAGUUGGAUUGUUUAUUCCAGUGCCAAUGCCUGUUACUUACAUUUGUUUCAUGCCGUAUAUUUGUUCAAGGGGAAAUGUAUGUUAUUGCAGAGCCACUACCAUUAAAUGAAUGGACAUGGAAAACCCAUUCUCAUCAUG